AUGGCUGGGCCGCCUGCCCGCCGGGGCACUCCUUCUUCUUCUCCGGCAGCAGACGCGCCCGGGCCGGGCCGGGACAGGCCGAGGGUGCCCCGAAACGCGGCAGCAGCAGCGCGCCCGCUCCGGCCUCCCGAAGCGAGGGAGCGAGAGAAGGGGAGGGACGGGGGAGCGGUGUGUGUGUGUGUGUGUCUCUCACGCACAACAAUCAGCCGGAGCGGAGGGACGAGCGGGGCUGAGGCGGGAGGUCGCCCCCCUCUCUCGUCCUCUUCACCGCCGCCGCCGAGUCACACGAACAUCGGGAGAGACGACAGGGGCGGCCGCCGCCCCGCCGCAACUUCGGCUCCGGCGUCCCACAGCAGGAUCCAGCCGCCGCCCCGCGUCCGUGGCACCGCCCCCCGCGCCGACCGGGACCCUCCCGCCGGGGAAGGGCCGCGGGGGGCUUCCCCUCCCCUCGCCCCGUCGCCGGGCCGAGCUCAGCGCCGGCCGCCGCGGCUUCCCAGGCUUGCUCCUUCCCCUUUCCCCUUCCUCCUCCCCUUGCACCGGGAGGAGUGGAUCGGCCGGCGCUCCUGCCUCCUUCACCUCCAGGGGGGAGCGGCGGAGGGAGGGAGGCGACCGCAGCUAGGUGGGCCCCGGCAGGCCGGAUUACCGGACGGCCACCCUCCCCGCCCCCGCCCCCGGCCUCCGCCCCCAGAAAGGCCACAGGGCCCACCCGUAGCCUGCCCACGGGGCGCGGAAGGAGAGGCCACGCACGCACUUUAG